GGAAAAGUUCCUGUUGUUGUCAAGGAGAUGGGCAUAACGGGGGCGGCCUUUUAAUGAAGCUUCAGGCCCCCAUAAAACAAUGGGGCCAAUCGGCUGGGAGGGAGUCCAGAACAAACACGGCGUUUUCCAGAAAUAGCCGGCGCAUUUCCUGAACGACCGGGUCGAACCGUGAUAAAAACGAAGUGAUGAUCUAUCAAUGCGAGCCACCAAUUGACAAGUACGCAAAGAGGCAGCAAUACGAGACCACCACAGAUGACAUGUCGAUAUUUAGCGCCCGGUUGACCUGAUUUGGCCGAUGCUGGGUGGGGUGGUGGUGAUGCGAUGGAAGCGGUGAAAACCUGGGAAGAACGGCGGUUGAUCUGCCAGAACAACCAUGCCCUGAAUUCAGGCAGGAUCUCGACGCGUUAGCCAGAGUGCGUGAUCUUGCCGAGCACCGCUAUCGCGCGCUAACAUCAUCGUUGUUGUCACUGAUGAGAUGGGAUGGGAUGGAUGCAGCAUGCAGCCAAGUGCAGGAAGGAGGUGUGGGUGGUGGUAGCGGCCCACCUGCAAGGUACGAACCAAACAGUCGCCUGUGUGCCACCUCAUCUGUUCAUUUCCGCCGAUAGCAAAGGUGCCAUUUCCAGGCACGCCCAGAAGCCCCGAAAACACCGGCUUGAUAUGUAUCGCUUCGUUUUGUUCUUGGAGAAGAGCCCCAGCAUGUUCCUGGUCGCGAACACGUUCAUGGAAUAUGGCCAUGAGACGCGCUGCGAAGAGGCGCGGUGACGACGACUUGCAUCGACGGCAAGCUGAAGAGAAACCUCUCAUUAAACGGCUGAGAGAGGCCCAGGCGUAACAGGAAAUUGGGCUGUUGCUGGCACCUGCCACGGUGUGCCAUCCAUUUCCGAAGAGGCAAUUGACAGCCUCCCGUUGGCCGCCACCGCCUGGCCAAGGGUCCACACUCCCCUUUUCCACCCUACCCCUGGCAAACCCCCUGCUCGGCUGCUUGAUUUGAUCCAUUUUCGGAGACACGCUAUCACAGCGAGAGGAUCCUGGAUCCACUGGUUCGCCUGGCUCUCCUGGCAACCCCAAGGAAAAAUCGGCUCUCUCUGGGGGGGCAGGCUGGGUUUCCCCGUCCAUUUGGCGAGUAUCGCUAUAUAACUCGUGUCCGCUCUCCAAAAUGGUCUCGUUUCCCUUUUCUCUCUUCACCCACUCGCUCUCUAUCAGCCCUGACUUUUAAGUCAAGUACAUUCGUUCUUCAACGACAGCGCCUUCACCACCAACUCACCAUCCUCUCCAACGUACAUACUUUCGAGUAUAUAAUUUAAUACCCCACAAAUCAGUCAAAAUGAAGUUCUCCACUGCCGUCCUUGCCCUCGCCGCCGGCGCCAACGCCUUCAAGAACGUCACCUACACCACCGAGGUCGUCACUGCCAUCACCACCUACUGCCCCGAGCCCACCACUGUCGAGUAUGGCGGCACCACCUACACCAUCACUGAGGCCACCACUCUGACCAUCACCGACUGCCCUUGCACUGUCAAGAAGCCUGUCACUACCAUCUCGUCAGUGAUCUGCCACGACUGUGCCCCUGUUUACCACAACAGCACCGUUGCCCCUGGUCCCACCACCACCCCCGUUGGCACCAUCGGCCAGCCCGCCCCCACCCAGCCUCCUCUCGCCACUGCUGGUGCCGGCAAGGCUGCUGCCCUCUCCGGCGGUGCCCUCGCUGGUGUCCUCGGCUUCGUUGCCCUUGCCCUCUAAGUUUUCUGCCUGUCAUGACCACAUUUUACCCGCUGCGGCUCUCGGGGCUUUGAGAGCUGUCAAGCUCCGGCCCUGGGAAGACCGGCUAGUAAUACUUAAUCAAGUCUUUUCAUGAUCUGGGAUGGAACAAAUUUUUUUUUAAAAGGAUACCAAUGGCAAUGAUGUUUUAAGGGAAUACAAAGGGGAAGUUCGAGGGGAUCUAGGAUCCCGGGAAAAGGAUGAUGGGAUGGGAUAGAGUUGGAAUACCCUCAUGUGGUUGUGCAAGGGAAACAUUUCGCUCCUACGGAGGACGGUUGUCACCUUGCCAAGUUGUUGAGUCUUCAUUUUUCUGGCGGGUGUUUUGGAGAUUGGUUUACCCCCUUUCCCCGAGCACAGUCGAGGUUUCUUGAAGCUCACAGCAUCUUUUUGGAAAAGUGUUUCGGAUCUUACGGACCAAAAUAUCAACGCUUUUCAGCCUCGCCUCUUCUCUUCUGUGUUAUUCUUUCCUACUUUCAAUUGUGCUCUGCC